AUGUCCAAGUACACCGGGGCGGCGCCUUUCCGCCUCCUUGUCCUCGCCGACCCCCAGCUAGAAGGUGACUCGUCCCUCCCAAAUCCAAAAGACAGCUUCCUAAAGCGUCUGGCCGGUUACCGAGAAGCAAUUACAUCUGCAGAUACUUGGGACGAUGUCCUGCUUGCGAUCCUGGGCAGUCUCCGGGACAUGCUGCUAGUCGAUCUCCCACGUUCGCUCAGAGCGACACGCAAACGGAUAGACCUCUUCGGCAAUGAUUUCUACCUAGCUCAUAUAUACCGGUCGUUGCAUUGGUGGUCGAAACCGACGCAUGUUACUGUGUUGGGUGAUCUGAUCGGGAGCCAAUGGGUGACCGAUGGGGAAUUCGAACGGCGCGCGUGGAGGUAUUGGAACCGCGUUUUUCGUGGUGGCGUUAGGGUCGAUGACGACAUUACCAUCACGGGUAGUGAGGAUGUACAUGGGAGGGAUGUGAAGGUGGUUGAGGACUUACCAUUAGAUAUGCAAGGUGGCGACGGAACUACUGGGCCAUGGGAACGUCGCAUUAUCAAUGUUGCCGGGAACCAUGAUGUUGGAUACGCGGGCGAUAUCAGCGACCAACACACGUACAAGUUCAUCAACGACGUGAUCCAGCGACGAUCCAAGCCAGUCGAAGACCGGAGCAGCUUCACACUCCUACUAACCCAUCUUCCACUCCACAAAAGCGAAGGGAUCUGUAUCGAUGCUCCCUAUUUCCGCUUCUACGACCAGGACGAUCCAAAGCCGCCACAGGAACAUGAACCAAGGUAUAAAGCUGGGGGCUUGCGGGAGCAGAACCAUCUGAGCCAGCAUGCCAGUCAUUCAGGAAUACUUCAGGGGUUGUUCGGUAUGAGCGGGAGCCCAAAUGCUCCCGCUGGGGGGAUGGGCCGGAACGGUCUUGUGUUAACCGGCCACGAUCAUGUUGGGUGUGACGUUCUGCACUUUGUCAAUCGAUCUGCGACACCAGCAGAUGAUCCGGAGGGGGCCAUGUCACCGGGCUGGUCGUGGGAUGCGACAAGAUAUGCUAGAAGCCGCUCCUCUCCCUCUUCGCUCUCAUCACCGUUGCCAGCUGAUACGCCUAAUAUUAGAGAGGUUACCCUUCGCUCGAUGAUGGGAGCAUAUGGCGGCAAUGCGGGCUUCCUUUCUUUGUGGUUCGACUCUGAUCCUUCCGUGCAGGAAUGGAGAUAUGAGAUUUCCACUUGCCGGUUUGGCGUGCAGCAUAUGUGGUGGGCCACCCAUAUUAUUGCGAUUGUGACGGCCGUUCUCUUUGUAGUCUCUGCGACGUUGGGUGUCUGGGGUUGGAUGUUUGGUCAAGUGGCUGCGGGAUCGAAUGCAAAGGGGGUCAAGGGUGAGGCCCUGGCUAGUAAAAGAGCUGACUUAGUGAAGAGGACGCAGGAUGCGAAAACACGAACUACUAACUCGGGGAGACGCGAUGGUCCCAGAGAGGAUUUGAAGCGGAACGCAAAUGAUAAAUGA